UUUCCGCAAGUAUAGUACUCAGCGCGGUUACGGUCCAGUAAAUUGUGAUUCGAUUAUUUGUUUAUCAUAAAUCGCUGACGAAUUUAAAGGGAAGAAAAGCAGCAACAAAAAAAAACAACAAUGUGGACCAUAAAAUAUGCAAUCGUGUUAAUUGUUGUUAUAUGUGAAACAACUGCGCAUCGUUGGAUGGCCUAUCAAGUGCCAACAAAUAACGCUUGCCAAACCCCACUUGGCGAUUGGGGUAUGUGCGUCUCAUUGAAAUACUGCCGGGAAGUCUUGAGAUUCUACGAAAAACUGUCUGUAGAUCAAGCGACCAGAUAUUCGAAGGCGCUACGCAAUAUUUGCUAUAAUCGUGUGACUCACGACAACUACCCGAUUCUUUGCUGCACUCGCCCAGUCUUCGAAGAUACAAAUCAAAAUGAUAAUCAUAUUCUUCCCACCACAACGAUGCCAACGUCAGCAGAUGAACACCAGCCGACAAUAAAAACUACGACCACAACAACAGUUGCCUCUCAAACAAAUAGCGAUGAUGAACGUUCAGUGUCGGAUGACAAAAACUCGCCACCGGAAACUUGUCGAGUGCCACACGAUGGCAGCGAUGGCACCUGCAAACCAUUUCAAACUUGCACCGAACUAAUCACACGCGCACAACAAAAUCCCACCGAUAAGGAAUUUCGCAGGCAAUUAGAAUUGUCGAAUGCUAUCUGCUUUAGCAUCGGCACGAAUAUUUGCUGUCCGGUGGCGGAGAAAAAAACGGUGCAGCGUUCAAAUGAUGCCGCAUGGCAUCUGCCAUCCGAAGACGAAGGCUGUGGCCUGACGCAUCUUUCAACAUUGAAAGUUGUAGGCGGUGGUAAUAGCAGCAUUGGAUCUUGGCCAUGGAUGGCUCUAAUCGGUUAUGAUCGAUAUAGCUUAUCGCCAUUUCGCUGUGGUGGCGCAUUGAUAACAGCACGACACGUACUGACCGCAGCUCACUGCAUUUUAAGAGACUUAUCAUUUGUACGCUUAGGCGAAUAUGAUUUGAGCACCGAAAGGGAAACCCAACAUUUGGACAUCGAUGUAGUGAAGUCAGUUCGUCAUCCAAAUUUUGGUGGUAGAGAUCGCCGCUAUGACAUUGCUGUCUUAUAUCUGGAGAAAAAUGUCGAUUUUACAGAUUUCAUUUGCCCCAUUUGCUUACCCACAUCACAGCAGUUGCGCAGUAAAUCCUACAUCGGCUAUCAUCCCUUUGUAGCCGGUUGGGGACGUGUCAUGGAAGGUGGGCGCUCAUCAAAUAUACUGCAAGAACUACAAAUCGAAGUUAUGGAUAAUUCUGUUUGUCGACGUAGCUAUGAAGCGAACAAAAGGCUUGUAUCCAAUCAACAGUUCGACGAUACGGUGGUAUGUGCCGGCGAUUUGGGUGGCGGACGUGAUACGUGUGGCGGUGAUUCGGGUGGACCGCUAAUGGUGGCGGAGCCAUAUAAAGGCGUGACACGCUUCUAUGCACUCGGCGUGGUCUCAUAUGGCAUUGGUUGUGGCCGCAUUGGCAUACCAGGCGUUUACACAAAUACACAACAGUACAUAGAUUGGAUAUUGGAGAUGCUGGCGCAGACUUUCGAUUUGAACGCGUACAUAGAAGCUAGCAUUCGACAAGCUUAUCGGCAUAUCGCGUCAUCAAGAAAUAAUUUUCGAAAUUGCUAUAAGAUGAGAACUUCUCUAGCUCUAUUGGCAUUUGCUUUUGCCAUACUGCCAGCGGUUUACUCACAAGGCCAGUAUAACUGCGUCACACCGGAAAACUACUACGGCUUUUGCGUGCAACUACAAUAUUGUCCACAAAUAGCGAAUGUAUUCAACGUACGCAAUCGCAAUCAAGCCGAACGCUAUGUUAUAGCAUCACAGCGUUCGUGUGGCACACGCAGUAUUAACGGCAAUCCAGUGGUUUGCUGCUCGCGGCCAGUUAAUCCAGCGCCGCAGCCGCAGCCGCAGCCGCAGCCACAACCACAACCGCAGCCACAACCACAACCGCAGCCACAGCCUAUUACGGAACGACCGACAAAUCCUUUCCUACCCCCCGUACCUUCAACUACUUCGGCACCAGUUAUAAUACAACCGAGACCACCAACCAAUCAACCACUUCAGAUCUCAACUUCUCGUCCCAUAGCAACAACGAGUACAACAGAAGCGCCAAGAGAAGUUGUAGAUCGUGCAUCUGGACAGGAAUGUGUUGAUCCAAGAUUACGACGCGGUGUUUGUACUGCCAUCUCCAGUUGCCCUCAAUUGAUUACAGAACUCUAUGCGAAAUCGAAUGAUCCUGAAUUUGCUGAUUAUUUACGUGCCUCAAAUCGCAAUUGUGGCGGUGCUGGUUCUGUUGUUUGCUGUCCGACAACAGACAAAGCCGUCACAAAUGCGCCAGUGAUAAUACACAAUUCUGACGAGGUGCCAACACGUCCACUAACUUUGGAGGAGGGUUGCGGUCAUACAUCGAAUUCUUAUAAGAAAAUUGUUGGCGGAGAAGUGAGUAAGAAGGGUGCAUGGCCAUGGGCAGCACUGCUAGCCUAUCCAGAUGGUUCUUCAGCUUCACCAUUCAAAUGUGGCGGCACGCUGGUGACAGCACGACAUGUGAUUACCGCGGCACAUUGCAUACGGAAUGAUCUCGCCUAUGUACGUUUGGGUGAACACGAUUUGAGUACCGACACGGAGACGCGACAUGAGGAUAUAAAUAUUGUGCGGAAAGAAGCACAUCCACAGUACAACAGACGUAAUGGCAAGUCGGAUGUGGCUUUACUUUGGCUCGAACGCAACGUACAGUUCCGCGACACUAUUUCACCAAUCUGUCUCCCCACUACACAAUCGCUUCGCACAAAAUCCUACGUUAAUUAUACACCUUUCGUUGUGGGCUGGGGCAAAACCAUGGAGGGUGGUAUUUCGGCGACGGUCUUGCAGGAGUUGCAAAUACCGAUUUUCAAAAAUGAUGUCUGCGAAAAUAGCUACCGUCGCAUCAAUCGCCUAGUCUCGCAGGAUCAAUUCGAUUCAGGUGUACUAUGCGCAGGUGUGCUCUCUGGCGGCAAAGAUACAUGCCAAGGUGACUCUGGUGGGCCAUUGAUGAUACCAGAGUCGUAUAAAGGUGACUUCCGCUACUAUUUGAUCGGUGUAGUCUCGUAUGGUGUGGGGUGUGCGCGACCAGAAGUGCCUGGUGUAUACUCGAGUGUGCAACACUAUGUCGACUGGAUAUUGGAGAAGAUUGCUGAUACAACAUGAGAUUUGAAUUAUUAUUUUUUUUUUUAAUAUUUAUUUAAGUUAUUAUAUUUUUGCUUUUAAUUUCGAAAUGCCUAAAUGUGCUAAUGGUUUUUAAAUGAGUAAGAAGU